CUAACAAAGUGUACAACCAUGACGUCUGGCGACUCAGGCCAGUACGAUUACACGGAGGGCGCAUCUCCCAUGGAUAUCCGGGAGGUUAUUGCGAGCUCAUCGCGUGCACGCCGGGACUCCCAGUACAGCAUGGCUGCCGACGGCGAGGGAGCUAUGUUCGACGGACCAGGGAGCACGGCGAUACCGACUAGCACGUCGAGGAUGUCGUACACAGACAGGGGGUUUUUGGGGAGGCGCAGCUCAGAAUUAUCCAGGUCGAGGAGGAAAAGCGAAGAUGGUCAGCGGAAGCGGAGAAUGAGCACAGACAAUCGGUCGCAAGUAUCUGGUGGCAGAAGUGAGGGUGAUAGGGAGGAAUGUGAAGAUGACCUCGAGGAGAUGUCAUCCAGGCGAGGUCGUCGUCCUAAGCGGCCUCUGUCUCCACCACUGACAAGGUCAUCGGUCUUCGAGAACAUCGCUCACUUGUUUGGCAGGACUGCCGGAGAACCGUCGGAGCGUAGGCGGUCGCUUUCAACAGCACGCUCAUCCGUAUCGUCAACACAUCGUUCGAGACGUAGUAGGUUAUCAGACGCAGGCUCGGAGCACGCAUUUGAGAGUGAAGAAGAAGAAGAGAAUGAACGUUGGGGCUACUCCUCUGGUGAGGAAGACGAUAGUGCGGAUUCCCUUUCUUCCCAUCCUUUAAGUGGUGUCGCCAGUGACGUAGAGUACGAGUCUUCUCCUCCAUCCCCCGGCCAUUCCACCCAUCUACCUCUACUCUCAACGGAUCCAAUCUUCGGUGAUGAAGUCCGCAUAGACAUAGAUGUUCCUUUGGAACCUUCAGAGCCACCACCACCAGGGCCACCAAGUCGGCAGAAGAUUUAUGUCGCUGAUGAAGAUACCACGCUGCUAUUUGUGGGCUACGAGAUUAUCAUAUGGCGCCAGUGGGUCUGGCGAGUGUGCUGUGUAAUUACGUUUGGGAUCUUUGGACUUCUCGGCCACUGGUUUCCGCGCUUGUGGUUGCGCUGGGUUGUGCGUGAACACUCUUUCAAGAAUCUAAGGCAUGGUUUUGUCGCUAUCGAGGUUGCACACAGAGAUAUUACACUCAUUCCGGUCAAGCAUCUUGCAUACCCGUAUGAACGUUCAACUAUUUUCCCACACCGUGCUUCGGAACUCGAAGGGCCAGCUGGGCCCUCGCCGAAGCCCAAGCUGAACAAUGAUGACAACGAUAAAUCUCAUAUAAUUGGGGAUCUUUUGAUUGUGGACUACCGUUAUUCUCGUUUUGUUUUAGAUCCUUGUACUGGACUCUUCAGCAUGUUGAGGGACUGGCGCGACCCAUCGUGGACUGACAUACGAUCAGUACAACAUGGACUCCCCCAACACAUCCGGAAGCAACGGUUGACGCUUUUUGGGACUAAUCUUAUAGAUAUUGAGGGAAAAUCUACGCUUUCGCUUCUUGUGGACGAGGUCAUUCAUCCGUUCUACGUGUUUCAAGUUGCAAGUAUCAUUUUGUGGUCCUUGGACGACUACUAUUACUACGCAUUUUGCAUUGCAUUGAUCUCGACAUUGAGCGUGGCUAGUGCGCUGAUCGACACGAAACAGACAAUCAAGCGAAUGCGUGCCAUGUCUCGUUUUUCAUGUGACGUCGUCGUCUAUGCUGACGGACGCUGGUCUGAAGAAAGUUCGGUUGAACUCGUUCCAGGAGACAUAGUAAACUUGUCCGAUAUACGGGCUUCGUUGUUUCCUGCAGACAUACUUUUGCUCUCUGGUGAUGCUAUAGUGAACGAAAGUAUGCUCACCGGCGAAAGUGUACCCGUGUCAAAGAUUCCUGUAAAAGACGAAGAUAUUGGGCGUUGGCGGGAGAUGAAAGACGUAGGCAAUCCUCUAGCGAAGAGUUUCUUGUACGCCGGCACGCGUUUAAUCCGGGUCCGUGGAGCACUUGGUGUUGAUGGAACGGACGGGAGACCUCCACUGGGCCUUGUCGUCCGAGGAGGGUUCAAUACCACGAAGGGUGCUUUGGUUCGAUCGAUGCUCUUCCCGAAGCCGAUAGGAUUUAAAUUCUAUCGUGAUUCUAUACGGUUCAUUGGAGUGAUGGCGGGGAUUGCAGGACUAGGUUUUUGUGCCAGUGCUGUACAGUUCGUCAGGUUAAAUGUCCCGUGGGGCACUAUUAUACUUCGUGCAUUAGACCUCAUCACUAUCGUAGUCCCUCCCGCUCUUCCUGCUACUCUUUCCAUCGGCACAAGCUUCGCUAUUGGUCGCCUUCGUAAACUGGGCAUUUACUGCAUUUCCCCGACGCGUGUCAAUGUUGCGGGCAAAGUCAACGUCUGCUGCUUUGACAAAACAGGCACGCUCACUGAGGAUGGGCUUGAUAUCCUUGGCGUGCGAUCGCUUGACCGUACCGAGCACCGUUUUGGCCAGCUCAUUGACAACGUGCACGAUCUCCCGAAUGUGCGUGACCGAGCGAAUUUCCUUCAUGCGCUCGCGACUUGCCACUCGCUGAGACUGGUGGAUGGUGAAGCCAUUGGGGAUCCCUUGGAUGUGAAAAUGUUUGGAUUUACACGAUGGACGUUGGAAGAAGGUUUAGUUGCUGGGACUGGGGUUAUUAGGGGAAAGAGUGGCACCGAAAGACCUACUCCUCUCGUGCAGACGGUUGUGCGCCCUGCUGGAAGCGCGCGCUUCCGACUUGAAGAUGCACUGAAGGCUAAUGGGAAGCACGCACACUUCCUGGAAUUAGGCGUUAUUCGCACGUUCGAGUUUGUAUCUACUUUGCGGAGGAUGAGUGUCUUCGUCAAGAGACUCAAGAGCACCAGUAUGGAAAUUUACGUCAAAGGAGCGCCGGAAGUGAUCGCUGAGAUUUGCAAAAAGGACUCUUUCCCCCAGGAUUAUGACGACUUGCUCUCUUAUUAUACCCGACGUGGGUAUCGUGUUAUAGCAAUCGCUGGAAAAAGUAUUGAAGGCUUAACGUGGCUGAAGGCCCAGAAGAUGAAACGGGAGCAAGCAGAGUCGAAUCUGCGAUUCUUGGGUUUAGUCAUUUUUGAGAAUAAACUCAAACCCGGCACCACGCCAGCUAUCCAAGCUCUCCGAGCAGCGCAUCUGGCGUGUAGGAUGAUCACUGGGGAUAACGCUUUGACUGCAGUAAGCGUUGCCAGAGAGUGCACCUUGAUAAACCCUGCUGCACAUGUGUUCUCUCCGGCAUUCAUUCGAGGUGACGCUGAUACCCCUUCAUCUAAACUGGAAUGGUCCUGCAUGGAAGAUUUUUCUUGGAAACUGGAUUCCUACAACCUUAAGCCUCAAACGCCUCCUCUCCACCAUACGUUCGAACAUGGCGAAAUCGAUUACCAGGAUUACGCUCUCGUUGUGACGGGCGAUGUAUUCCGGUGGAUGGUUAAUUAUGCUCCUUUAGAAACUCUUCAACGGAUGCUGGUGAAGACUCAAGUAUACGCACGUAUGUCCCCGGACGAGAAGAACGAGGUUGUCGAACGCCUCCAAGCUGUUGGUUACACUGUGCUCAUGUGUGGAGACGGUGCAAAUGACUGCGCAGCUCUCAAAGCCGCUGAUGUUGGCAUUUCGCUUUCAGAGGCUGAAGCAUCUGUUGCAGCGCCAUUCACAAGCAGUGUACCGGACAUCAGCUGUGUCAUCGAAGUCAUCAAGGAGGGCAGAGCAGCUCUGGCUACCAGCUUCUCAUGCUUCAAAUACAUGGCGCUGUAUUCCCUUAUUCAGUUCACGACCAUCACAUUGCUGUACUCGUUUGCCUCGUCUUUGGGAGACUUCCAGUUUCUGUACAUCGAUUUGUUCAUCAUCAUUCCAAUUGCUGUCUCUAUGGGGAGGACACUUCCUUACCCGAGGAUUUACCUAAAGCGUCCUACCGCCAGUCUCAUCUCGAAAAAAGUGCUCGUUAGUUUGGUAGGACAGAUACUUAUCACGAGUGGGGUACAAUUUUGGACGUUUUUUUGGGUCCGCCGGCAAGAGUGGUACAAACCGCCUCAUGUGGGAGAACACAACGGUGGAGACACACACCUGAGUGCAACUAACUAUGAAAACACCGUAUUGUUUUUGGCAUCUUGCUUCCAGUACAUUCUAGUCGCUGCUGUGUUUAGCAUAGGUCCUCCCUACCGGCGACCUAUGUGGACGAACUGUUGGCUGAUGACAUUUAUCAUUGGCUUAUCACUGCUCAACGCAUUGCUCCUGUUCCGGCCACCCAAAUUCCUGGUACUGGUUCUGGAAUUGACGCAGCUUCCUUGGGAUGCAAGGCUGUGGUUGGCGGCGUUUGUGGUCAUCAAUGUUGCCCUUUCCGUUGCUUUUGAGCAAUGGGUGGGCCAGGCGAUGUCGCAGUUGCUUAGGAUGAUACUGUCAUACUACCGUGAGCGAAAGCGGUACCGAGGAGGGAAGGCAUAUAAGGCAGUAGAAGGGGGGAUGCGAUAGCAUGCUAUAACCUAGACAACAGCACAUAACACAUGCAUAAUUCAGUCUGAUGAGGGCCGUAGCGUUGCUACGUUUCGGUUCCGUUGCGAUCUUACAAUGUACAUUACAUAAUACGAAAAGCAG